GCGCGGGCGGCGGAUAGACUCCGGCGGCGCGGAAGCUGCGAGCGCACCCCUCCUGGAGGUCUCCGCGCCGCUGCCCGGGAGCCAUAUAUUGAAGACGAUGUCUGGAAGCUUCUACUUUGUAAUUGUUGGCCACCAUGAUAAUCCUGUUUUUGAAAUGGAGUUUUUGCCAGCUGGGAAAGCGGAAUCCAAAGACGAUCAUCGUCAUCUGAACCAGUUCAUAGCUCAUGCUGCUCUUGACCUAGUAGAUGAGAACAUGUGGCUGUCAAACAACAUGUACUUGAAAACUGUGGACAAGUUCAACGAGUGGUUUGUGUCAGCAUUUGUCACUGCAGGACAUAUGAGGUUUAUUAUGCUUCAUGACAUAAGACAAGAAGAUGGAAUAAAGAACUUCUUUACUGAUGUCUAUGAUUUAUAUAUAAAGUUUGCAAUGAAUCCAUUUUAUGAACCCAAUUCUCCUAUUCGAUCAAGCGCAUUUGACAGAAAAGUUCAGUUUCUUGCGAAGAAACACCUUUUAAGCUGAAUGCAGAAAAAUUCCAAAAUAAAGUGUAACCACAGUGGGGUAUACUCAUUAAUGUGUUCAUUGUAAGUAACAUGAUUAAAUA